AAACAUUUCGUUCUGGACUAAGAGGAAAAUUGGGAGGGACAAAAAUGGCGUCGGGAUGGGGAAUCACAGGAAACAAAGGGAGAUGCUACGAUUUCUGGAUGGAUUUCAGUGAGUGUAUGUCUCAUUGCAGAGAGCCCAAAGAUUGUACUCUUCUCCGUGAAGAUUACCUCGAGUGUCUCCACCAUUCCAAAGAGUUUCAAAGAAGGAACAGGAUAUACAAGGAGGAGCAGCGUAAACUAAGAGCAGCUUCCAGGAAAGGUGAAGAUGCCGGGGAUGGGACUCAUACCCAUCACUAGUCAAUGAUCCUCAUCCAUAUAUGCUUUUUCAUUCGAUUCCGGAGAAGAAUUAAUAAGGUUCAUGGGAAGAUUUGUAUCUUGUUCAAUACAGAUUCUCAAAACGCUUUCAUUGUUUUUCAGUUUGCAACUUAUCCAAUGAUGUUUAAAGGUUCAUGGGAAGAUUUUGUAUCUUGUUUUUCCAAACAACAUCUCAGAUCGCUUUGUUUGUUUUCCAGUUUGUCCA